AUGGAGUUGCAUCACCAUUUCUUCUUCACACUUCUUUUUCUUGCUUUUGUAGCAAGUCAUGCAGCUAAUUUAUCUCCUGAGGUCUAUUGGCAAGUGAAACUGCCCAACACUCCCAUGCCCAAACCCAUUAAGGAUGCCUUACAAUAUUCUGCAGUCGAGGGCGAGCUUCCCAAAUUACGCCAACCAUAUGGAGUAGGUUCGGAGUGGCAUCGACCAGCGGCCGAGGGCGAGCUUCAGAAAUUACGCCAACCAUAUGGAGUAGGUUCGGAGUGGCAUCGACCAGCGGCCGAGGGCGAGCUUAAAAAAUUACGCCAACCAUAUGGAGUAGGUUCGGAGUGGCAUCGACCAGCGGUCGAGGGCGAGCUUCAGAAAUUACGCCAACCAUAUGGAGUAGGUUCGGAGUGGCAUCGACCAGCGGCCGAGGGCGAGCUUCAGAAAUUACGCCAACCAUACGGAGUAGGUUCGGAGUGGCAUCGACCAGCGGCCCAGGGCGAGCUUAAAAAAUUACGCCAACCAUAUGGAGUAGGUUCGGAGUGGCAUCGACCAGCUGCCGAGGGCGAGCUUAAAAAAUUACGCCAACCAUACGGAGUAGGUUCGGAGUGGCAUCAACCAGCGUUUGAGGUCGAGCUUCAGAAAUUACGCCAACCAAAUGGAGUAGGUUCGGAGUGGCAUCGACCAGCGGCCGAGGGCGAGCUUAAAAAAUUACGCCAACCAUACGGAGUAGGUUCGGAGUGGCAUCGACCAGCGGCCGAGGGCGAGCUCAAAAAAUUACGCCAACCAUAUGGAGUAGGUUCGGAGUGGCAUCGACCAGCGGCCGAGGGCGAGCUUCAGAAAUUACGCCAACCAUAUGGAGUAGGUUCAGAGUGGCAUCGACCAGUGGCUGAGGGCGAGCUUCACAAAUUACGCCAGAAAGAUAUUAAUGAAAACCUUCCAGUCACCCCUUAUUUCUUUGAAAUAAAUUUACAGCAGGGGAGGAAAAUGAACCUUCCGUCUCUCAAAAACUAUAACUCGGCUCCCUUUUUGCCUCGCAAAGUUGCAGAAUCUAUCCCCUUUUCAUCGGAUAAAAUUGAAGAAAUUCUUAAUCACUUCUCCAUUGAUAAGGACUCAGAAGGUGCUAAAAUGAUCAACAAAACAAUUAAAAUGUGCGAGGACCCAGCAGGUAAUGGAGAGAAGAGAUAUUGCGCCACUUCUUUGGAAUCAAUGGUUGAUUUCGCCACAUCUUUCCUUGGAACAAAUAAUAUUUUAGCAAUUUCAACCGAGUUAGAGAAUGAAACUCCGGAGGUGCAAACAUAUACCAUCAACGAAGUGAAGGAGAAAGCAAAUGGCAAAGGGGUGAUAUGCCACAAAGUGGGUUACCCAUAUGCAGUACACUAUUGCCAUGAAGAAGGAAGCAGUACUAGGACUUUUCAAGUCUCAAUGGUGGGUGCUGAUGGAACUAAAGUUAAUGCAGUAUCAGUCUGCCAUGAGGAUACUGCAUCCAUGAACCCUGAGACGUUGCCCUUUCAAUUGCUCAAUGUUAAGCCAGGAGAAAAGCCCAUUUGCCAUUUCAUUUUGGACGAUCAGAUUGCCUUGGUUCCUUCUCAAGAUGCAACUCAAGUGGCUGAAAACUAA